AUGGGCGACAAAAACUCUCGACCCGGCUCCAUGCCGGUAUCCAUUCCAACAAUCACCUCAACAGGGUCAAGUCCAACAGAGACUGCGACCGGACAACCACCACACACGUACGCCCGGCGCUUCGGUCGCACCUACCGCGGACUCGACAACCUCACAACCGCGAGCCUCUGCUCUCGCAAUGUCGGGAAGGUGCGAGCAGACUGCCGGCUCCGAGUCGCAAAAUCGCAAUGGGGGUCUCUCGGUGCUCUGGAAAAGCCUGCAGCCAUAAUCUACAUGGACCUUGCCAUCGACCAACCGUCGAACUGUCGCUUGGAGAGUGCGACUGUCCUUAUUACGCUGGAGGAGGCGUCCCACUCGCGAAUACCUUGCCAGAACAAACCACUGCAAAUGACCGACUACUACGGACCGAAACAGCUCAGCGGUGAAGCGACCAAAGUCACCGUGACUCGCAGUGUGCACCUUGUCCCGCAGGUCAACGUGAUGGGCAGUGGUGGAGGGGGACUCGGGGUGGAGAGGGAGAAAUCCGCCAGCUACAACACCCGAUGGACAUUUACCGGCGGGCUGUUGGCAGGAGAACAGAUGAGCCCCUUCUGGCGAACACUGAAAUGGGAACUACGAGAGAAUGAGGCCGGCGCCCGAUCGAAUCGCAGCCCCGUCAUCCACACUGCAUUCUCCCUUCAACACAGCGACCGUCCAUUUAUCAUGCGGACUGAGAUCCAAGGACGUCUGCAGAGUUCGAGAGAUCGCUUCCGCCAGAAGAUGCGAUUUCCGAGACCAAACGAUUCUCAGCAGGGCCGGAGCGAUACUCUUGUUUGUCCUAACAUUGUUUCAGCUCGAGGACGGCCAUUAGAUAUGCUUGCGAUGGGGCUGUCAAGCGCGAUGGAGCGCGAGAACCUUAUGAGAGUCCCUGUCGAAGUUCCUGACGCAUUGCCAGUCUCGUUUUCCGUCGAUGGCGAUGCAGCGACGGCCACGCCACGACCAGGUACACCGCUGUUUGCUCAAAGAACGACAGAGAUGCCCGUCAAAUACUCGACAGAACAAAGAAGACUGACUCGAGAAACAACGCCCGAAUUGUUCCUUUCUCCAGACGACGCAGCCUCGAUCACAGGAAACCGACUAGCUUCUUCGGUCUCGAAUCUCUCCUCCGCAUCAACCUUGGUCAACACGCCCCGCACUCCACUAUCGCGAGACACUUCCUCUGCAAUCCUAGACAGUGCGAUUAACUGCUUUAACAGGCGUCCACGAGAGCGUUCCAUGGGGAAAGAGACGCCGCAACAGCCGCAAAGCCUGCAGAUACCGCGGCUAAAGGAACCACUUUCUACCCCUCAGGAUCCCACGCUCGUCCUGUUGUCCCGGUAUCCUUUUCUCAUUUUUAUACUGCGUAUCAUGGCCGGUGUCUUGGACUUGAUGCCUGGUUCACAACCUGCUAACAAUAAAACUAAGAUUGAUGAGACAUGUGGCACAGAAGAAACGGCGGCUUUGAAAACCCCCUACUCAGGGCAGUGGCCGCAAGAAUGA